GCGGUGACUGGUGCCGAUGGGUGGCUGAAGCUUGCUAAGCUCUCGUCUCGCCGUUGAACAAAAGGCCUGGGAACCAACUGUACACCAUGAAGUAGCAGCCCGACAGCAACAUUUUCGAGUGUUUUCCACCUCGGCUGAGUCGUGUAUGCGUAGAAUGUGCAUCUUCACAACUCUCGUGAAGGUGCGAUCGCCCGCAAGGUGCCGUCUCUGCUGGUCGGAGUACAUCAUGCUCGCUAAAGCGUGGAUGACUGUAGUUGAGAACUAAACUAAACGUUUAGUUCCGACACGUAGAUGUGCGUUGAACAAGUGCCGAUCAUGUUCCUGAGACUUCCGCCGAGUGAAAAGCAACGGAACAACAGUUGACUGAUGGUGUUGGGCGUCUCAUGUUGACAUCGUUCCGUACAUGCAGAAAGUUCAUGACCCCACGGCGAUGACUGUUGAUGGUCCUUUGUCGACGGCGUGCGAGUUGUGAAAGUGCGCGAUGCCAAAACGGAAGCUGAAAUGGAUUUUACUGCUUGCGGUCACUUGGGUCGGUGGUGUAGGUUAUUACCUAUUUCGGAGCGGCCGUCGCAGCGGGUCUGAAGACAGCAAUGAGGCGCUACGUCUGAAGCCGUCUGCAUCAGCAGCCCUCCGACAGUCCUCUUCUCAGCUGCCAAACUCUAGCAGACAGCUGUCAUGGCGCUACUUUGACGAGAAGGGCUAUGUAGCUGUGGCACGGAUCAAGCCGGGAGAAGACGCGUACGAGCGACACAAGUUCAACCAAGAGGCAAGCGAUGCGCUACCCAGCAAUCGCGCCGUCCCGGACACACGCCAUCCUAAGUGCAUACCAGAAGGCAGCUUACAGCCGGGGGAGAAACUGCCGCCAACAAGCGUCAUCAUCACAUUUCACAACGAAGCCCGCUCAGCACUCCUCCGCACCAUCGUCAGUGUCCUCAAUCGAAGCCCUCCAGAGCUGAUAGAAGAGAUCAUUCUUGUAGAUGAUUUCAGCGACGACCCAUCGGACGGCAAGGAAUUGGCAGCUAUACAGAAAGUACGCUUGGUGCGAAACAACAAAAGAGAAGGCCUAGUGCGCAGUCGAGUGCGUGGGGCCCACGAGGCACGGGCACCGGUACUCACGUUUUUGGACAGCCACUGUGAGUGCAACCAGGGCUGGUUGCCACCGUUGCUGAGACGCGUCAAGGAGGACCCCCGCCGCAUCGUCUGUCCCGUCAUCGACGUCAUCAACCUCAACUCUUUCAAAUACUUUGGCGCCUCAGCUGACCUGCGCGGUGGCUUUGACUGGAACCUUGUGUUCAAGUGGGAGUUCCUUUCAAGUAAGGAGCGCGAAGAGAGGGCCAAUCAUCCAACACUACCCAUCAGGACACCCAUGAUAGCAGGAGGCCUCUUCGUUGUGGACAAGGCCAACUUCGACCAACUGGGCACAUACGACACAGCCAUGGACAUCUGGGGUGGUGAGAAUCUCGAGCUCUCCUUCCGCGUCUGGCAGUGCGGAGGCAGCCUGGAAAUUCUGCCUUGCAGCCGCGUGGGCCACGUCUUCCGCAAGCAGCACCCAUACUCUUUUCCUGGGGGCAGUGGCAAUGUCUUUGCUCGAAAUACUCGUCGUGCUGCUGAAGUCUGGAUGGAUGACUUCAAAAAGUACUACUAUGCCAUGGUGCCUGUCGCUCGCAACGUUCCUAUGGGGAGCAUUGAAGAGCGGUUGCAGCUACGCAAGCGUCUGGGCUGCCAGUCAUUCCAGUGGUACCUAGACAAUGUGUUCCCCGAACUGAAGGUGCCAGCUGCUGGAGGAGAGCGACUGGCUUCCCUGCGGCAGGGUUCGCUGUGCCUGGACACCCUUGGCGGAAGCGAGGGCUCGCCUGUGGGCCUGUUUGCGUGUCACGGCGCGGGUGGCAACCAGCACUGGAGCCUCGCUUCGCGUCUCAUUGCCCACGGAGGCCUCUGCGUCACGCUCGACGAGGAACAGGGAGGGUCGCUGCUGCUACGACCCUGUGGAGGACACCCCUCACAGAGGUGGCUGUGGCUGGAUCACAAGCUUCAGCAGCCCGGCGGCAAGCUGUGCCUGGACGGCAGAAACGGACGUCUGACGGCUCAGCCAUGCCACCAAACUGCCCCCUCGCAACGGUGGACACUGUCCACCUGAGCGGCCUCCUUGAGAGGACGCGACUGUUACUUAAGGGGCACUUAAGACUGUGGUUGUGACGGGUGUAUCACAAGCAAAUAUCGCAACUAUCAUCGCUGCUUCUCAAAAUAGUUCAGUGGAGUACUGGUUCUACACAGUCGAAUAUCAUUAUAACGAAAUCGUGUUUAACAUGAAAAUGUGUUCGUCACAUCUAAUAUUCGUUAUAACUUAUGUUUGUUACUUGCUCAUAUCGGCAAGAAAAAAAAUUGAUUUACUUUGUUAUAGUACCCAAUAAUUUGUUAUGUCAUGGUUCAGCUGUACCAUAUUUUCCAGUGUACAAGUCACUUUUCCCUUUUUACCAGAAACAUUUCAAUCAGUGCUUUUUAUACACUGAUGCAGCAUAGUAGGUAACAUAUUCUAGUAGCACUAACGGAAAUGUGAACACAAGAAAGCACAAAUACACACCUAUCACACCAUUCAUAUACUAAUACAGUCAACUUCCGUUAAUUUAACACUGACAGGACCGACAAAAUUGAUCGAAAUAUCCAGCAGGUCAAAUUAAUAAAAGUACAGAAAAAACUCCAAUACACACCACCGAUUAAUUUAGCAGUAUUUGCGCUAUUCUAACAAGCCUUGAAUCAACUGGGCACCUACUUUCUAUAUGUCAGAAGUAGAAAAGUAACGUAGAGAUGACAGUAAAGCUCCUAAACAAAGUAUAAAUCCAAUGCGCACCCAUUCUUUUAGCAAGAAAAAUGGGCAAGGAUCUAAUAUGUCGGUCAGUACACCUAGUUGUCGUGUUGGUUUAGUAUGACGAUUAUGUAAAUGCGCUUAAAAGACGUGAACGAUAGGUGAAGACGAGAUGAUUGGUGUGUCUCGUGUUCACCUAUGGUUCACGUCUUUUAAGCACAUUUACGUGAUCGUCUAAUGUGUGUUGCACUUUGGCGGCCUCUUUCCUAAAGUCCGCUUUGCCGCAAUACAUUCAUGAUAUGCAGUAAGCAUAUGAACGCAACGAAGGUGGUUUUGACUUCCCAUUUAACCAUUACUGUGCAGGCAAUUUCCGGCCCAAUUUUUUAGAAAGAAAAAAAAAAGCGCACCUUAGAAUCGGGUAAAUACCAUGAUCAGACAUUGUGAGCUGUAGUUGCUUAAAAAUCCUCCUAGGGCAGGUUUAAAGUAUCCAUUUUGGAUGGGAGAUGUUCAAUGCAUCCACUGUUCCCUAAGCUAAAGGAGUCACUAUUGGGGCCAGAUACAAGUGUGCUGACUGGUAAAGUUCAAAUUGUCUGGCGAAGGCAAAUUUUAGGAUCGAAAUAACGGAAGUUUGGGCCCACAGAAAUGCAUGGGCACUGGCCGAGACUAUCGACCGUGAUAGAAAUAACACAAAAAUUAAAUUAAACAGAGUUGAAUUAACGGAAGUCUACUGUGCCCACAAUGCGGGUGUAGUAUCUGUGCCUGCUGUGUUCGUGUUCCUGCUAGUACUGCUAGAAUACCUUAUGAUGCAAUACCAACAAGCUUGCAUUGCAAUCGCCAUUGACUUCAUAAAUAAAACAGGUCGAACCUUUCUUUUAUCAGCAAGGUGAGAGCGAUGCAGGAUCAGCCCAUGGUGAUUCACUCUAAGCUCGAUCUAUAUAGGCAGCGAAAGAUGCAGCACCAGUGGCUAUAACGGCCGCCUGCAUUGCCUUUGACAACAUCAUGAUAAUGGCAAAGAACUUUGCAUGCCACAUUUAUUAAAUAAAUAGCGGUUCAAUAGGCUGAAGGCUACUUUACGGUCCAAUGCCAGCCACGACUAUGAAUCCUAAGUUUCAGUUACCAUGAAGCCCUCCAGGCACAGUUGUCUAUUUUAACCUCUCGUGCCUGUCCUCCUCGUUGCUAUCAGGACAACUUCACUGAUUUUUCUCAAGAAAAGAUAUCCUCUCUAUGGUGUAUAGUAUAGUCCACUGUACUUUACACCUGUGGCAUCGCACCAGGUGGCCUCGGAAAUUGCGCAGGGACUUUUCAGUGAAGUUAAAUCCAUCUAUUGCUGCAUGCAUAGUUGAAUACGUACAGUGAAGCGGACCCACAUUUCAAUGCAAAAAUUAUGUGAUGCUGCCAUCUAAAGAAACUGACCUUUUCUCCGGUGAAUCAAGGAAAGAGACCUUUGAUGAAGGACAUAAUGUAACGUAAUGGCACAACUGCAAGUGUUGUUUUUUGUGGCGAUACAUUAUGUCCUUUAGCAAGCAUCAACUAGCCCAACAACAUGUCGUCCUGCAUUGCUUUGAUGGCUUCGGCAAAAGGCUGGUAUGUGUCUCUCAUACAUUUAACACAGCCAUGCAUUGUAAUAUGCUACGACUUUAAUUUUAUCAUUUCUCGAUGAGAGCACAAGCAUGCAUACCCACAUUUCAUUGCACCGACCAAAUAAAGACCACCCAUUAUAAAUGCGCAACUUAUGUGCUAACAGUUUUUUUCAAAAACCUGUUUACAAGAGCGCAGCGUCCGAUAUAAAAGGUGUGCUCACAGCAGUGGUUCAAUAGCUAUGACAUUCCGUGGCUAAUCACGAGAUUGUGUGUUUGUUUCCUGGCUGCGGCUGGCUGCGUUAUAAUGGAAGUAAAAUGGAAAAAAAAAAAAAAAAACUUCUGUGCUUAGCACUUGGUACAUGUUAAGGAACUGUAGUCAGUCAAAAUUAAUUGGGCCCUAGCUGCUCCCUUUCUCAUAGCUUGUGUGCUCCUUUGGAAUGCUAAACUCCGUAAUCUGUAAAAGUGUAGCUUAUACACUGGAAAAUAUGGCGUGUGUGUUCAGUUUAUGUUUAUAUUGCAAUUUGUUCAACAGCCUCAAUCAUCAGUCAGUAGCGAACACUUUGUAGAAUGCAUCUUACUUUUAUUUUGAGGGUUGCUCGUGCAAGUGGCUGAAAAAUGUAUUACCUUGUGAAGUAAACUUCAGUGUGAUUUGAGAGGGGCCCUGAAAUGAAGCACGACAUAGUAGUGGAAUUCCGUGUAAAUGAGCAAGGAUUGCUGAUGACUCAUAUUUAAUUUAUGUAAGAGCUGGAGUGCACCAUACCGGUCUUCCUGGUGCAUCCGUGGUUUUUGAGCACAUCUGACCACCUGCUGCAACUGCUAUAUGUGUUGUCCAAAUCGCACAUACCAGCGACAACUCCCUCGUAAUAAUGGAAGCGCAUCUCAAAACCAAUGUUUUUGUGCACUAAAGGCACCGUAAGCAAUUGCAGAAGCCAGAAGCAUGUCAUGGUGGCCAUGUUUUGGACAUUACCGAUCACGCACUUGCUGGGAGUCUUAAGCUGAGAGUGGUCAUGACAAGUGGCAAUAUAAUAAAUCAAUUACUCAUUGGGCACUGAAGCAGUGGAUUUUCCAUGCUGCAAUUGCUGGACCAAACAGUUGCUGAAGCAGAAGACACUGAGAAACUUUGUUUCAGCAUCUCAUUAAACAGAGAUGAAUGUCAUUUGGAGAAAGAGUGGAGGUUGAGUGUGUCUGCCAGGGCUGAUCAUUGAUAGAACAGUGCCGUUCUUGCUUUGGCAACGCUUAUACCAGGUCGUACCACAUGUGUUUGUUGCACCUGCUGUCAUUGCCAGUGCCUUUAACUCGGGUAGAUAUUACUCGGUGGAGCAAGCCUGCCAGUAGGAGCACAUUUGAGCAUAGUCUUAUGUCGACCUUUUCUUGCAAUGCAUGAACAGACAUGCAAAUGUAUGCCCAACCAGUUAGUUUGUGGAGCAUUGAAGUUACAAAAAAGUUAAAUGUUAUGUUUGUGCAAGCCAGCCCUAGAAUUUAAGGGUGCAAUGUGAUAAAUGCAUGGCAAAGUAUGCAUUGCACAUUUCAAAUCUAGAGCCUAAGCAUUAGAUGUGACGAAGUUGUUUUGUUGCAGAUCCUGUGUUCCAGAAACGUUCAUGGUCAGUCAGGUGGAAGUAGCUGAGACAGACAUAUCAUUGCGGAUGGUCGAGUGUUUAGGCUGCCACUUGAUGCAUACAACGAAGAAAAAAAAACUCGUACAAACAUUUGAGCAGAGUUGUGAGCUGGAAGGGAAGUCUAUGUGGCAAUGCUUUCAGAGUCCCUAUCUAAGCUUUACAUAGUGGUUGCUCUUUGUCAAAUUGGAAUAGUAAUGAGAGAGCCGAAUUGAAUCGUGUUAAACUCGCCGUAUUAGCUUUGCUGAUGUUUUCUUCUUUGCAUAAAAUGAACAGCACUGGAUUGGUAGGUAGUCGGUACAGGGUAAUGUUUGUGUAAUUAGUCACUUAUUCCAUCAGUUACCGAAUUCUUCAUACAGUCACUGUUUUUUAAUUUCCACUUGGUCCUAACGGUCAUCAUCUACUUCUGUGUGUCGAGAUCUUCAACAAUGUCUUCCUCAAUGCGAGGUUAACCUCGCUUCCUUAUCGCCAGACUUGCAGUCAUCGCUACCUUAUUGGCAAUGUAACACUCAUUGCUUCUCAUUACAUGUCCAAACCAUCUCCUAUGUUCCCUCGCGAACCUUUGCUGCAAUGACAUUUAUGUUGACUGGCCCUCAGAUAUAGUCAUUUUGAACCAUUUUUCUUGGCAUUUCUCCGAGCAUUCUCAUUUAGCUGCUCGGAUCAAAAUGUUGACUUUUUCAGUGUUCAUUGAUAAUGGUACAAGACACACUGCUAGGAACAAGUUGUAUAGAACGAGUCUAAAGGCCAUUAAGUUUUGCAGGUGAGAAACCUGGUUGCUCACUUUAGGUAAACUGCGCAAAAGAGAAAAAAAAAAAAACUUCGAAGCAAGAGCUAUGCAUGUAGUGCAGUCAUAAAAUUAUUGCAAUGCGUCUCUCAAAGUGCAGUCAUUUUUGAUCUGUGACGCCUUUAAUAUGGAACAACUGCUUCAUAUAUUACAACUACAACUUGUGGACGCAAGUUACCUCAAGUGCAAUAUUAUUUGUGCGUAUCUGCGCUUCUAGUAGGCAACAUACUAUGUUUUGGUCAUGAGCACAUGUGAUUUGCUGCAGCUGCUGGUCGCAGAAACAUGUUACGCUGCUCGUUUGGUGGCAAAUACUUUCAGAUCUCCGACCCCCGUCAUGUAAUAAAUACGGCAUAUCUUGUGACGCAAAAUUCGAGAUUUAAUUUCACUUAAAAUUACAUGGCAUGCACCUAAUAUCUUGAAUAUGUAAAGCACUACUUUCUGGUCAUGGAUGCAAACAGGGGGAACUCUCUCUAGCCUUCAUAGCCUACUGUGUAUGGAACAGAGUACAGAAGCCACAGAAUGUGUUGUAGGCAAAUAGGGCUUGUCUCGUACAAAGAACAGUUAGACCACUUCAGUGGGAUUAAUAGCUUUUUUUUUUUUUUUUGGUGACCCGCUAUGGCAGUUCAGUGACUGAUGUUCCGAGCCGAGCACGAAGUUGUCUCGAUAACUGUGGAAAAUCGAAUGGACAAGUAUGACCUCACUUCUGGUAUUCAGAAUGAGCAACGGGACAGUUCGGACAAUUAAGAUUCGUCCUUAUCGCCCAGAGAAUAAAUGAUCGUUUACAGUGGCCAUUGGCAUGCAUUAAAGAAUAUGCAAAAAAAAGGGGGAGGGGGAUCUACAUGUUUUUCCAAUUACAGGGUACCUUCGGUUGUACUCAAACCUAAGGCAGCAUCAAAUAAUGCAUGCAAGAACGUGCAAUUAUCUUGAACUUCAUUUUACCUUUCGUUGUUUAAAACUUAAGCACACGCUCCCACAAUCUUGCAUUUAACUCAUAGUCGCAGUUUUAUGUGCAGCAGUUCACCGAACAAAAUGAACACUUUGAUGAAUGUUGCCACGAGAAGCACUUGUUUAUUAUUAUUACUAGUUUGCUCCUGUGGCGGAGACGUUAUGGUUGAGAAUGCCAUUGCUUGCCUGAAGCAUUAUAUAAAACGUAUAUUAAGAUGGCAAGGGAAAGCUGUGUACUACUAGAUCUGUAUCAUCACAUAUCAGUGUGUACAUGUAAUUAUGUGUACUAUCGUGGAAGAAUGAAAUGUGAACAAGUUAAAGCUAACUAGAACACCAUUUCUUUUUCUUGCUUUCACUAAGCAUGAUGCAAGCAGAUUUCAGCUUGUAUGCUUAGCCUGAUACUCGCACCAUCUUUGGCGACUUAAUAGUAGCGGCACAGAAUUGUACUAUUGCAUUUAUUAGAAAGUUAUAGCUUGUCUGUAUACAUAUUACCUUUCACAGAGUACAUUGUUACCAAAGAAGCUGACAUGAGCAGCUGCACUGGUAACACCUUCUUGUGGCACAGAGGUUUACCAGAGAAGGCACGGAGCUAUAAAUGAUCAACCACAUUCUGCUAGCUGCUGGUGUAAAGCGUUGGCAGUGAUGUCAUCGUGAAUGUGCCUUUUCAAACUUUUUUUUUUUUUAAUAACAUCUAUGUAACAAACACUUCUAACAAGUUGUUGGACAAACGUGUCAUAAGACGGAGCUAUAUGUGUUACUGCUUUCCAAACCUCCGGUAAGCCGGUAUUCAGUUGAAGGGUAAUAUGUGUACAACAUAAAACUUUAUUACUUGGAAGUGGUGUUUCCCAUCUGUUUUAUUCAUCCACGAUAGCAUAUUUUUGUUGCCAGCAUGCAAGUUUCUCAUUUUGCAUAGUCUCAGGAAAAGUGCUGUAGCCUUUCAGUGUGGAAUGUGUGUCACUAUUGCGGAUUGUUUUAUAUAAGCUCACUGUGACCAUGUACGCCCGACUGCUGCCUUUGUGGCGGGCUUUUCUGCAGAAUGUGCACGUUUAUGGGGCUGCGUGCCAAAUGGACUCUUGUCAUUAAACGCCAGCAUUUUCUUUCAGUCAA